AUCCCAAAUUGGAAUCCAUUUCGCUGCCUUACCAAACAUACUUUCUCCCUCGGUCUCUUCUCCUUCACUCUCCGAUCCACCUCUCUCUCUCUCCCCCCUCAAAUGGAUGUAGAAAUGCAUCCCAACGGCAACUCCCCCACCGCCACUAACCUUGCCGCUGCUCUCCCCACCGCCACUCCCACCGCCACAGCACCGUCGUCGAAACUGAGUCAACUGGCGGAGUCUUUAAAACUGGAGCACCAGUUCUUGCGAGUCCCCUUCGAGCACUACAAGAAGACGAUCCGCGCCAACCACCGAAUCGUUGAGAAGGAGGUCUCCGCCGUGAUCUCCGGUGUCUCCGAUGCCGCCGAUGGUGACAUGUCCCAAGACGAAGCCGUUCAGCAUCUCAGUUCUAUCGUUUCCAGAUUACAAGGCCUCAAAAGGAAGCUGGAGGAGGGGACUCGUACGGAGCAUUUGCAAGCACAGAAAUGUCGGGCUCGACUGGAUCACUUAGAAUCUGUGGAGGUGGAGAACUUGUCAGAGUGGAACAAUAUGCGCUUGAAGCGGAUAUUGGUAGACUACAUGUUGCGAAUGUCAUAUUAUGACACCGCGAUGAAGCUGGCAGAAAGCAGUAAUAUACAGGAUCUUGUUGAUGUAGACGUCUUUCAUGAAGCAAAAAAGGUUAUUGAUGCUCUUCAAAACAAGGAGGUAGCUCCUGCCCUAGCCUGGUGCGCUGAUAACAAGUCUAGGCUGAAGAAGUCCAAGAGCAAAUUCGAAUUUCAGUUGAGGCUUCAAGAAUUCAUAGAGUUUGUGCGAGCUGAAAACAACAUGCGUGCUAUUACAUAUGCGCGGAAGUACCUUGCACCUUGGGGAGCUACCCAUCUGAAAGAAUUGCAGCGGGUCAUGGCUACACUGGCUUUUAGAAGUAAUACUGAAUGUGCUACGUACAAGGUUUUAUUUGAACCAAAGCAAUGGGAUUUCCUAGUGGACCAAUUUAAACAGGAGUUCUGCAAGUUAUAUGGCAUGACCCUUGAGCCUUUGCUGAAUAUUUAUCUGCAAGCAGGCUUGUCUGCGCUGAAAACUCCAUUAUGUUACGAAGAUGAUUGCACCAAAGAGGACCCUCUAUCACAAGAGAGCUUCCGCAAACUAGCACAGCCACUACCAUUUUCAAAGCAGCAUCACUCAAAGCUCGUCUGUUACAUAACUAAAGAAGUAAUGGACACAGAGAAUCCGCCAUUGGUCUUACCUAAUGGUUAUGUGUACAGUACCAAGGUUCGUAUUAUUCUUGUCGUAAAAGUCGUAAUAUUCUGAGCUAAUUAGUCUUACUUAUAUUGUGCAUUGUCAGGCCCUCGAGGAAAUGGCCAGCAAGAACAAUGGAAAAAUCAUCUGCCCAAGGACCAGUUUGGUCUGCAACUAUUCAGAUGUGGUGAAGGCAUAUAUUUCGUAAUUCCACGAAUCUGGGCAGAUCUUGUUACACCCUUUGGAGUCUGAAGCUGUUGAGGGUUGAUUCCCUUCUUCCAUGGAGAACUUUCCCUGCAUAGUUAUUCUCAUGCCCAUGGCUUCAUUCAGGGUAGGAGAUGUAAUACGUGUACAUAUAUGUACUGUUUCUAAUUUCUGUUGUUGACUAUUAUUUGAAGCAAAAUGAAACUGGACAUAGUUACAUCCAAAGAUGUUGGUUUGAAUGUUGUAUACAUUUUUAAAGAGGAAGACUAUGAUACCACAUCGUACUGCAAAUUACAAUGUUUUAAAAAGGC